AUGGAUGCAGAGAUGGCUUCGUGGAAGUUCACAGGCACCUACGUUGACGCGGUUCCCCCUCCUGGGGCGAACAUUCUCAGUGGCAUGUGGAUCUUCAGGGUGAAGCGGCCGCCGGGCUCUCCACCUGUCUUCAAGGCGCGGUACGUCGCUCGUGGCUUCAGUCAGCGGCGGGGAGUUGACUACUUUCAGACCUUCUCUCCCACCCCGAAGAUGACCACUCUUCGGGUACUGCUGCACAUAGCCGCUCAGCGCGACUACGAGCUCCACUCUCUUGACUUCAGCACUGCUUUCUUGCAGGGUAGCCUGCACGAGGAGAUCUGGCUGCGCCGUCCACCUGGCUUCACUGGGACUUUCCCUCCUGGCACCCAGUGGAGCCUCCGACGGCCAGUCUACGGUCUCCGCCAGGCACCGCGUGAGUGGCACGACACACUGAGGACUACACUUGCGGCACUUGGGUUUGCUCCCUCUACUGCUGACCCGUCGUUGUUUCUGCGCACCGACACCUCUUUGCCGCCGUUCUACAUCCUCGUGUACGUCGACGACUUGGUCUUUGCCACAGCUGACACUGCUGGACUCGCCUACGUGAAGUCCGAGCUGCAGAAGAGACACACGUGCACAGACCUGGGUGAAUUGCGCAGCUACCUUGGCUUGCAGAUCACCCGCGAUAGAGCACGCCGCACCAUUACCCUGACUCAGUCACACAUGGUGCAGCAGGUCCUUCAGCGCUUCGGCUUCACGUACUCCUCGCCUCAGGCCACUCCUCUGCCUACUCGCCACUCGCUCUCAGCUCUGCCUUCGGAUGAGUCCGUAGAGUCGAGUGGCCCGUAUCUAGAGCUUGUUGGCUGCCUCAUGUACCUGAUGACUUGGACACGACCUGACCUUGCAUACCCUCUUAGCAUUCUCGCACGCUAUGUUGCUCAGGGGAGACACCGACCAGAGCACAUGGCUGCAGCGAAGAGGGUGUCAUGCUACUUGUGCAGUACGUCGGGCAUGGGGCUAGUGCUGGGAGGGCGGAGUGCAGUGGUCUUCACUGGGCACGCGGACGCUUCUUGGGCUGACGACCAGGCUACUCAGCGGUCGUCACAGGGUUACACCUUCAUUGAGAUCUACGGCGGGGCCAUGGCUGCUCAGGAGCUUCGCUGGCUCACCUACCUGCUGACUGACCUUGGAGAGCCGCCUCGUUCUCCUCCAGUGUUGUACGUAGACAACAAGGCCAUGCUGGCCUUGUGUCGAGAGCAGCGCCUGAAGCACAGAAUGAAGCACAUUGCUCUCCGCUACUUUCUUGCUUGUGAGCUGCAGCAGCGUGGUCAGUUGCGACUUGCGUACGUGGCCUCUGAGGCCAACACUGCUGAUGUUUUCACCAAGGCACUUGCGCCUUGUGAUCAUCAGCGCUUCUGCACUCAGCUGGGACUUGUACCUGUCUUACCUCACUUGCUCACCUCUUGA